AUGACAGAAUUUAUGAAGAAGUUAAACAAAACCAACAUCUUGGAAUUCAUCCUCCUGGGGUUUUCUGAUGACCUGGCCAAACAGCCAGUCCUCUUUUCUCUGCUCCUCUCCAUUUACCUGACCACCAUGAUUGGGAACCUGCUCAUCAUCCUAACAAUUGUCUCAAAUGAUCAUUUUCACUCCCGUAUGUAUUUUUUCCUUAGCAAUCUAUCUUUGAUUGAUCUCUGUUUAUCUUCCACUACAGUUCCUAAAAUGUUUGCAGACAUCCAGACAGGAAAUCCAACUAUUUCUUUCAAUGGCUGCCUAAUACAAAUGUACAUGUUUCUCUGCUUUUCAGGGUUGGAAACACUACUUCUGUCUAUUAUGUCUUAUGACCGUUUUGUGGCCAUCUGCCUUCCUAUGUACUACUUAGCCAUUAUGACGCCCAAGUUUUGUGCUCUUCUGGUGGUCAGCUCCUGGAUCUUUGCAAUCUUCAGGGCUCAGAUACACACCAUCCUAUUGGUUCAGUUACCAUUCUGUGAGGAUAACAAAAUCCCUCAGUUCUUCUGUGAUAUUGGCGCAUUGCUGAAAUUAUCCUGUUCAGAUACCUAUAUCAAUGAAUUAUUUAUUUUUAUUGAAGGAGGGCUGGUGGUAGUUGUGAGUUUUAUUUGCAUUUUAGUUUCUUAUAUCCUCAUUGGUUAUGCUAUAAUCAGAAUACCAUCAGCCACAGGGAAGUGUAAAGCAUUUUCCACGUGUUCUUCUCAUAUCUGUGUGGUCCUCUUAUUUUUUGGUACAAUAAUUGAUGUGUAUUUAUGCCCAUCCACCACCAGAAUAGCUGAAAGAGACAAAGCAGCAGCUGUGAUGUACACUGUGGUUAUUCCUUUGUUAAAUCCUUUUAUCUAUAGUCUAAGGAAUGGUAACCUGAGAGGGGCAAUAAGGAAAACUAUUCAAAGGAAAUUGUUUCUAUGA